GAUGGAUGGAUGGAUGGACGGACGGACGGACGGCAUUGUUGUCCAUAUACUCCACACAGAGCCAGCCUGAGUCUUCCCCUCUAUCACCUCUUACUGCUCACCCCCACCUCCGGCUGUCACUUGGCUUUCCUAAGAGUGCCCAUGAAGUCUUCAGAUUGUCGGUUUGGGUCCUCCCCGGGCAGCAGUUAGCACUAGCCCUCUCUCUGGUCACCUCCCUGCACUGAACCUUGAAUUGAUACAGUGGGUGUGACUCUCAGGAAAUUGCUCAUUAUUUGCCAUUAGUGCCUGGGAGUGCGUGCCUUCCUAUUAUCCCAUAUCUUUCCAUAUUCAUAGUCCUCCUUCUCUCCUCCCUCCCUCUUCCCUUCCUCCUUUCUUCCCCCUCUCCUGGGAACUGGUUCAACCAGAGUACAACCUGCUCAUCUACCUCUGCCUGGCGCUGAAGCAGCUGCAGGAGCUGGGACGUGCAGAGCUGCGGAGCUGAGGCUAGAGAGGCCAGGCUGGCGCAGUGCGGGGUGCCGAGGGCGAGCAAUCGGCCCAGCUACCUCCCCGAGGCCCAUGCGGGGCCAGUGCCGCCGGCUGCUCCUUCAUGAGGCCGCCGUGGUGCGGGAGGAGGACUCGCGGCAUCCCGCUGGGGCUGCUCGCGCUCUGGGUGGCCGCCGCCCGCUGUCUGCAGAGUCAGGGUGUGUCUCUGCACAUCCCACGGUCAGCCAUCAAUGCCACUGUCCAAGAAGACAUCCUGCUGUCCGUGGACUACUCCUGCCACGGGGUGCCCACUAUUGAGUGGAAGUACACCUCAAACUGGGGCGUGCAGAAGAUUGUGGAGUGGAAACCCGGGACCCCAGCCAAUGUCUCCCAAAGCCACAGAGACAGAGUCUGCACCUUCGACAACGGCUCCAUCCAGCUUUUCAGUGUAGGCGUGAGGGAUUCUGGCUACUACGUCAUCACUGUCACAGAGCACCCGGGGAGCAGGCAGUUUGGCACAAUCGUACUGCAUGUGUCUGAGAUCCGCUAUGAAGACCUCCACUUUGUCGCUGUCUUCUUCGCUCUGCUCGCCGCUGUGGCUGCGGUGCUCAUCAGCCUCAUGUGGGUCUGCAAUCGGUGUGCCUACAAAUUCCAAAGGAAGAGGAGACACAAGCUCCAAGAAAGCACCACUGAGGAGCUUGAAAUGAAAGACGUCGAGUGUUAGCCAAGACCGUGCCCAACUACACUGCUACCUCAAGAAAAACAGUGUUUUCCAGUCGAAGAACAAAGUGAGCCGAUCACUGCUGCAGCGUCUCGCCAUCCUGGCCUGCACCCCUUUCCUGACGGGACAGCUGAGGUGGCAGUUCACUACAGACAGACAGCUCUAGGACUUGUGUGUAGUUCAAGGAACAGUUCAACUGAGGCUUUCUGCCAGGAGCUUUCCUUGGUUGCAGCUUCAGGGCCAUGCUGAUCCUUAACCAGGCAGGCAUCAGUAGCUGCUUACAGCACUGGCUAUGAUCCUAGGCUGGCCUGAUGGAGGAGUCCCUGUCUCCAGGGCCAGAGUGUCUACAGAGGGGCUGAUGUGCGGCCAGCACUAGGACAUGCUCUCUGUGCCUUUGUGCUCCUGUCUGGUCUGCAAACUGCUGCACCCUCCAUCUCCCUGUCUUCCGUUCCAUAAACACUGCUGUGGAGACAGCGUGAGCAAGCCUGAGGCCCUGAGACAGUCUGAUGAGGUGGAGUGCGCUGCACCUCAGCAAGAGAAGCGGAGCGCUGAGGAAACAGAAGGUCGUGUUCUCAUCCUCCCUCAUACAAAAUUAAUCAGGUGGCCUAAACUUGGGUUUAGUGUGAGGAAAACACGGCUUAUGUUGACCAGGGCAGCUGGAUGGGUGGUAUAACAGGAAAAUCCAUAAUGUCAGGCUUCAUUCAGCUACAUCCUAGUCAUCACCAACUCUCGUCUCCAGUCAGAUCCAGGACUGAAGAGUGUGUGGCCUUCACCUACCUCAUAGGGCAUGAGGGGAAGCCAGCCUUAGCCAGGAUCUCUUGGAGUGAUGGAGAAAAGCAUGAGAAUCCUUGAAGAAUCUGGAAAGCUAUAUGGGAAAGUGCUGUAUUGAGUAGCAAAGGUUAAAAUGCCCUGGGAUGGAGCUAGAGAGAAGGUUCAGCAGCUAAGAGCUGGCUAACAGCACUGGCUGUUCUUGCUGAGGGCCCAGAUUCAGUUCUGAGCACCCACAUGGUAGCUCAUAACCUUCUGUAACUCCAGUUCCGGGGAAUCUGAUGCCCUUAUCUGGUCUCCAUGGGCAUUGCAUGCACAUGGUGUACUCAUAUAUACACAUGAAAUAAAAUUAAAAAAAUAAAUCUAAAAUUUUUUUCCCAUGAAUGACCUGGGUUAUCAGGGCUCCAGCUGAGCUUGGGGGUUGGGUCUGAGUUGGCCUUGGCUUUCACAUUCUCAGGUUGCUGUCACAAUAUUUACUUGAAAGGGCCUCCUUCCCAGCUUCCAUUUGCCAAGCUCUAGCAGCAGGCAUCACGCCCUUCUUGCUUCAGUAUCCACAGCUGCAGAUCAAAGCUACCAUUCCAACUAUGAUGGAAGCUGAGGUCAGUAAUUAUGUGCAGGCCCUUGGCUGCAGAUAAGCAUGCUAGAACAUUCCUUUUAUUCUCCUUCCGUUCAGGUCCUCAAUGCCUGUCCAUAUCUUUUCUACUUCCCAUAUGGCAGCUAAAGGAUUGUUGCUAAAAAUCCCUUUCCUUGGGGAAACAUAAACAUCAGCUGCCUCUCCUCCUCAAGUCCCAACAACCAAGGUGCAAUGCCACCAAAGUUCACCCAGGAACCAAUGAAUGUAGUAGGUUUCUUACAGAGCACUGGAUGAGUGGAUAUGGGCAGAGGUGACCUUAAAAUAAUAAGUCUGCACCCAGAGGCAAUGAUGACUUCCUCAGGAUUGCUUCGAUGAAGACCUUUUCUUUCCUACUUAUAUAUGCUCUAGGUUCUCCCGGCAAGACCACACGCAUUAGGCCAGAGCUGCAUACAAGCGGUUGGGAGGGGUGGCUAGAUAUGCAGGUGAGGGUUCCAGGAUCCUUCCUGCCCCCUCCUUCUAUGAGGAAAAGUAGGUAGUCCACAGGCCCUGCAGAAUCCCUGAAGAUGGAGGAUAGUCCCGAACAAUGGGAGUUACCUGGGAGGCCAUUUAGAAGCCUUUCCUUAAAGACCAAAUCCGGAGCUAGAGGAAGAGGGCUGCGGACGGUUCAGACAGGACCUUGCGGCAGGCUAGAGGGGGCUCAGACAGCAGCAAAGGGAGCAGUUGGUGUGCACCUGACUCAGCGGAAGCACUCACCCUUGCCACUUCCUGUGUACGGGUGCCCACACCCGUGCCCCCUUUCCUAGCAGCGGGCUGAGGAAGAAGGUACUGGGCCAGGGCAUUUUCCACGCGUUCCACUGGGGCAGAGGACUCAAGGACACAUGGCUCCCAAACCCUGGCUCUCCGCUGCGGAAGCUUGUGCUGCUCUACACCCCGGCUGGGAGUCAGGGGGCUAAGCCUGAUGAACAGAGAGAAAUGGAGUGGAUCCCAGGGAGGCUUCCACGGGCAAACCCUCUGCAGCUCACACUGUCCUGGGAGAAUCUCCGUGGAGUCAUUUUCUCCACUGCCCUAUUUGGAAAGGGCCUUUCCCGGGCACCUCUGAAGCCACUCCGUUUUAAAAUUCUAGGGUCUGAAGUUUUGUCUGUUUUUUUUUUUUUUUAAAAGAAAAUAAUAAAUUAUAGAGAAUGACCAAUGUAAUGUUAAAUAAUAAGUUGUUUCAGAGACUGUGAAAAUUUGUUUUAAAAAUGAAUGAAAAUAAAUAGUUAUGAAAUUAA